AUGAAGGCCGCCGCCCUUCUCUCCCUCGUCGCCUCCGCCGCAGUCGGCCUCGCUGCCGCCGAUGGCCUCAAGAUUGACGUUACGUUGCCUGUCGACUGCGACCGCAAGACGAAAAACGGCGAUAGAGUGUCCAUGCACUACAAGGGCACUUUGGCGGAGUCGGGCAACAAGUUCGAUGCCAGCUAUGAUCGGAACCAGCCGCUCACCUUCAAGCUGGGUAGUGGGCAGGUCAUCAAAGGAUGGGACCAAGGUCUGCUCGACAUGUGCAUAGGCGAGAAGCGCACUCUGACUAUCCCGCCCGAGCUCGGCUACGGCCAGCGUGCAAUGGGCCCUAUCCCGGCCGGUUCAACCCUCGUGUUUGAAACGGAACUCGUGGCCAUUGACGGCGUCCCCAAGCCAAACAAGAUCAAGACGAAGGCGGCCAGCCCAGAGGGUGUUGCUGAGAAGGUGGCCAGUGUGGCUGCCGACGCCGCCGACGCUGCCAAGACGUUCAUUGCCGACACCGACGACGUCCAGGGCCAUGAGGAGCUGUAG